CCCGUCUCGCACCGCAGGGGGGUCCUAGAUGGGCUUCUGGAGACCUACCCGUGGCGACCCCCCCUCGCCCUGGACUUCAAGGCUUUCGGCGCAGACAGCCAGGGUGGGAGCUCCAGCUCUUCGCCGGUGACCUCCAGUGGUGGGACGCCCUCUCCUCUCAACCCCCUGCUCUCUCCACCAUGUUCUCCUCCUGCCUUUCACUUGUCAGCAAGCAACAUUGGCAUGCCGUGCUCUGAGACUUAUCUACACAACCUCAACGUGCCCCUCUACUACAAGAUUUGUCCUACAAGCUUCUUAAGACAACAGUCUCUCAUCUUCCCAAGCCAUGAAAAACUGGGAGGCACCAACCCACACCUUUUACCCCACUUCAUGGUGGAUGUGCCAAAACUAUCUUCCCUCGGCAUAACCAAUCUGAAAAAUGCUAAGGCUGAAGACUUAAACGGGCAAUGUCUACAAGUACCCAGUUCUGCUAGUCAAAUGCUGUAUGGAUUACAUGCAUCUGGAAACAUUUUCCCAUCAAGUCCCAUUGCUCGGGAAGCACUUAAUUGUUCUUUACAUCCUCCAUAUGGCUUGUAUGGUUACAACUUCUCUGUGCCAUCUAGACUGAUGAAUGCAGCAAGCCAUUUCAAAGUGAGUGACAGCAUUCCGGCUUCUUUGAGAGAUGGCAGAUGUAAUCACUCUAACUGGCACCCAACAAUUAACCACUGCCUUUAG